AUGAUCCGAUCAUUCUGCCAUGCCUCUCAUCCUGGUCUUGACAGAUUUGCAGGUGGUUGGACGGAUCUGGUUCUUCACGACGUGGAAGGCGAAGGACGCAUUCGGCAGCUGACAACCUCGGCCAUUGCCAACAAGCAGACGAGGCCUCAUCAGGCUUUGGCAGUGGCGCUGACCCGUGGUUUCCUGUCGUCCUUGGAUGUCUCCGAGACGGGUUCCGGCUGGACUAGCCGCCACUACGACUGGACCAAUCUGAACAACUACGCCUUUGUCAGCGCCGGCAUGGCCGUGGCAGGGACGCUGAAGGUGAAGGUCCUGAAAGCUCAGGGCUUGAAGAACCAGGAUAUGUUAUCCUGGCUGGACCCCUACGUCACGUUGACCGUGGGCUCGCAAACCUUCCAGACACAUUCGGACAGUGAUGAUCAGCGAGAUCGAAGCAGCCCGGAAUGGAACUCCGAGGACUUCCAGUUCACUGUGGGGCCCAGUGACUACUACUGCAAGCUGCAAGUUUGCGAUGAGGACAGUUUGAUGGGUCAAGACCUGGGGUCUGUGAAGUUGGCAAUUCACGAGCUGGACACCUGCACGCAGACCUUGGUCGAAACUUGGUUUCAGCAACGACAGUCCAGAUAUGGCAUGGGUGGAAUCAUGAAGACCGGGAAAGAUCCGGCCCAAAAGGGAUUCCUGGGCGUGGUUGCAUCUCAUGUGCUGCAGAUAUCUGCAGAAAGCCUUGGCAUGAACAGGGGCACCCUGGAGGCUCGGCGUCGCUGGAUUUGUGACGAAAAGGGCCUGG